AUGUUGUCUGCCGUUCGCAGUUUCGACCUCGUGCUGCUGGAGGAGGGCGAGGACUACGUCUGCGAUGCAGCCUGCAACUCGACGUCGUCGUUCCCCAACGACAUAACGGCAGCUGGAUGGCCGCAGUUCGUGGAAUCACUGAAGAAUGUGCAGAACUGCCGCAACAAGGUGAUCAAGGGGCGUAUUCGUCUGGGCACCAAGUCGCUCAUUUUCGAGCCGGAUGCCUUCGACUCGCCUAUUCUGAAGCUGCACUUCCAGAACAUCACGGCGAUCUGCAGCAGCGCGCAUGUGUCGAGGGCGAUAUACGUCUCGUGCACGAGGGUCAUAUCGAUACCCACCGCCAUAUACAAUGGCAAGACGCGGUAUCUGUCGGCGUAUGACGUACAUGUGGCAAAGAAGGCGGCGCCUGGCCUGAAACAGACACCCAGCACCACCACUGACGCAAGCGCCACGGCGUCGAUGGGCCUGCCGGGAUUCGUAUUCAUUUUUGCCUACCCCACCGACCACAUACACGACGAGCAACUCAGUGAUUACCUGCGCGUAUGGAACGCCUACAAACUUAACGUGGAUACCGAUGCCCUCAACGCACGCCCCGCCGGCUCGUUCAACCAGGCGCUGCUCCAGCCCAGGGAGAAGCCGCUGCUGGGGUGCGCCGCGUCGAGCAUACACACUGAGCCCGUCUUUUGCUGGCGCCUCAAGCGCAUGGUGAGGCACGGAGGGUACGCGGCGUUGACGGACCGGGCGUUCUAUUUCGAGCCGUCUCCCAACUUCUCCCGCAAGUCCUGUAAGAGGGUGCCAAUCGAUCGCAUCCUCCACAUUUUCAAGCGCGACAGCGGCAUGCCGUCGAAGGGAGAGUCGGCUACGGCGCUGGAGAUAAUUUCGCUGCCCGAGGAUUCCUUUGAGAAGCGGGUGCGGGACUCCAGGAAGUUGUACGGAUGCAUCUACCUCCAGUUCAAGCGGGAGAACGACCGUGAGAAAUUCACCAGCACGCUUAAGAGCAUCAUCCCCAGAGCAUUUUUCGCUCUGGAGUCGCGGACGUUCCGGAAUGAAAUGACGCAGCUGUGGCGGCGGGGCAUCCUGCCCAACUUCCAGUACAUCGACUUCCUCAACUGCAUAUCAGGCCGCUCGAGGUACGACAUGUCGCACUACCCGAUUUUCCCCUGGGUCAUAGCGGACUACGACAGCGCGACGCUGGACCUGAAGGACCCAAAGGUUUUCAGGGACCUGUCCAAACCCAUCGGGGCGCUCAACGCCGAGCGCCUGCUGCACCUCAAGACGCGCAUGAGCACGUUGCACCAGGCUGACAAGUCGAACAGUGACCCCGCUGCUGCCUCAGAUAAAGAGCAGUGCACAUGCGGCGACGGCAAGUGCGACUCUUGCUUGAUGCGGAUGUGGAACGACGGGUUCUAUCUCUACUGCUCACACUAUUCCACACCCGCGCUGGUUGUGUUCUUCCUCAUCAGACUGCAGCCGGAGUGCCAACUGCGCCUGUACAGUGGCAAGUUCGAUUCCACGGCGCGCACCUUCAAAAGCAUCGCGGAGACGUUCCACAACGUGCUCCACGGCCACUCCACCUUCUUCGAGCUCAUACCCGAGUUCUACAGCGGCAACGACGCCUUCCUGCGCAACCAGUUGAAUAUCACCACUCAGGACGGGCGGCUUUGCGACGUGGAGUUGCCGCGGUGGGCGGGAAACUCAUCAGCGCAGUUCAUGAAGAUGAUGCGCAACGCCCUCGAGAGCGAGCACGUGUCCAAGCAUCUCCACAAAUGGAUCGACUUGGUGUUCGGCUACAAGCAGGCGGGUCUGGAAUCCAUCAAGAGCGAUAACACCUUUCAUCCACUGUCGUACCUGUCGUCGGUGCGGGUGGGCAAGAUGCCCAUGACCCGUGCCACGCAAAACCUGUUGCGAACAAUGGAACCAAAGGCGAUAUCGGUGCAGGUACGGGAGUUUGGGCAGGCGCCGAUCAUGCUAUUCGAGACGUCGCAUUCACCUCGGCUGCGACACCCGCACUGGCAGGAAACUGACGACCCCGUGGACAGCGCUCCGUGGUUCAUAUACGUGAAGCGCCACAGCGAAAUAUUCGCUGGGGGUGAUUCGGACGCGGGGGAGGGGCUGCGGCUGGGGCGCACAAUAUCGCAGGGGAGCUCCGAGGGGCACUUGCGGCAGCUCGUCACCACCAGCCCCCGCAACAAGGUUCGAACGCAGCGUUUGGGACCUCUAGGCAACGAGAUAACAGGCGCAGGUUUCGCAGCUCCGGAUAUCGUCUACUCGCUAUCGCAUAACGGCUCCAUAAUGCUGCGCCACGUCGACAAAGCGGACAGCGUGGUGCAUGCAUCAAUCGAUCGGAGGCCGUUGACGUGUGCCACUUCGGCGUUGGGGUACCUGUGCGUCUGCUCAUCCAGCGGGAACAUGACCAUGUGCAACCUGCAGGCCAUAUUAUCGGUGAACGGGGGCUUUCCCCUCAACGGCCCUGUGGCCAACGGCGACGUGGUCAAGUUUGGAGACGCUGACGAGGGCGGAUUCUUCUAUCGCAAACAGCUGCACUCCGACGGAAUCAGCUGCGUCAGCUUCGGCGAUGGUGUGCUCACCAGUGGCGGUUUCGACGAGACGGUGAGGCAGUACCAGCUGACGAACUCCGACAUCCGCCUGAUCGGCGUGUUUGACGAAACCAACGGGCCAUUGGCGGCUUUGUCGUGCGCGAACGGGCUGCUUCUCACUGCGAGCGUCAGCGGCAGCCUCACCCUGUGGGACCCGCGGUCGCCGCACAUCCCCAUUUGGAACCACGAGAUACGCCAAAAGGCAGGAGACAGCCGCGUGGUAUCGUGCGGGAUAAGCAACCGCUACAUACAGCUCGUCUCUACCGGUGAAUCACCGGUGAUAUUUUGGGACGUGCGCAUGCUGAACUCCUUGAGUUCGUGCAGCGGGUUCAAGCGCGAGCUCGCGGCGCCGCAGUUCAGUAUACUGGGCGCCGUCUGCGACCCCAACGACUGCGUCUGCAUCUCCGGCACGCAGGGCGGGGUUCCCGCGCUGCAGCUGCACGACCUACACACGAGGUCCGUGCUGAUGACGACUGAGCUCGAUGGCCUGGCGUACCCGACCAUCAUGGCGGCGAACGAGUUCGGCGGGCCUCAUCGGCUGCUGGUGGCCAACACCGCAGGGGAGAACCUGACGCUCGUAGCACAGUGA